AUGAUUAAGAUAGUCCUCUGCUUUAUUGGAGCUAUUUCUGUGAGUGCUCAUCCAUACUACAGGGACAUCAUUCCGAAUGGGUACGCAGUGCACAACCCAUGUGGCGGUGGCUUUUGGGAGGCUGUUGGACAUUUCAACGCCCUUCAUCAUACUCAUGACAAAAACCCUUUUGGAUUAGCCUUCGCCGCCGCUGGACAUCAGUGGACGGUAGCCCUUUGUAACGCAGACUCAGAUGGUGAUGGUGUGUCCAACGGCGCUGAGUUAGGUGACCCCAAUUGUACAUGGACAGCAGGAGACACCCCGGAGGGUAAAUCAACCGGACAACCAGGAAUAUGUGAGCCCAUUGGUUCCGGGGCGUGUUCCUCCAGUGCUUUCUACUGCGGUUGUCAUGGCCAUUCAUGUAUUGGUUAAAUUGUCUAAUAAAUAUUUAUUUUGUUUUUUAAA